AACGCACCAAAGCGUAGCGGUUACAGGCUCAAGCAAAGAACCACAGCGGAAGUUUGCAGGCGACCCUGUUGUAAUCAACGAAAUUUCAAUUUCUUCGAAAACUUUAGCAUCUCACACGGACAACGACACUUUGACUGACAUUCCUUAACUUUAACUUCAUAAGUUGGGUAAAACCACCAAGAGAAGGCUGAACUCUACGUCAAAAUGGCUUGGCAGUGGAUUUUACUCUCUCUCGUGACGUUCGCUUUACUGUUUGACGUCAGAGUUAAAGGCAUGUCAACGAGUUCAAUUGUCUGCAAUGCUAACCACACAGUAACUAUAACCAUUACAAAUGUAACUGACAUCGAUGCAUUCAACGAAAGCGAUUGGCGAAUAGAUAACAAAACAGAAUGUGAGCCGACAUUCAUGGACACGACGGUCACGUAUACCAAUUUGCAAGUGGCUGAUUGCGCUUCAAUUUCCGAAGAUAAGAGCACUUCUAUCAGAUACGUUUUCGAGAUCCGUGCAGUUGUUCCGGGCAGCAGUCCGAUCCAGGCCUUUGAUCACGUGAUUGACGCCGUGUGUGAGUACGUCAAUAAUGGCAAUGUCACAUCCAGCUUCAUACCUUUAGUGAAUCGUGGCGAUAACUCGUCAGAUUCUGCAGCUUUUACAUUCAGCCUUGACGUUUUUGAGAACUCUGAGCUUACCAUUCCUCUUCCCAGCGAAGUGAAGCUCAAUCAACCAUUGUUUUUCCGAGCUCAAGUGGAAACAUCAAGCGCUGCACCAAACCUGGACCUCUUCAUCUUGCAAUGUAAUGCGUCAAAGUCGAACGACGCAAAUGUUCCGGGCCACGAUGUAGUCCUUAUUCAAAAUGGAUGUGGUAACGAUACUGUCAGUCAAGACGCAGGUGACACUUUGAAUUACACCUGCGCAGUCGACAGCACGCAGGAAACCUUUCAAGUGAAUUCUUUCCGGUACUUUGGAGCUGAAGCCAACACUUUGGUCUAUGUGCAUUGCGAUCUUAAGGUGUGCCUUGCAGAUGCUGCGGAUUCUGCAUGUGAAUGCCCGUCUUUGGCUGAUUGCAACCCUAAUGCUCGAAAACGGCGAGCAGUUGAAGUUGAUGAAUCUGUGGUGUAUCGCGUCACGAUUGGUCCUUAUUAUUACAAGAAGGUAGAGAGAGACGACAAAGAUCACAACGACAAGAAACCUGAAACAAGCGAAGACAACUCUUCAUUUCAACUCAGUUUAAGCGUUGCCAUAGUUUUCUCAGUCAGUGGUGUCAUCAUAGUAUCAAUUAUAUCCCUUACCGUGUGCUUCAUUUCGCGCGGACGUCACCAGCGUUCUUCAAUCACCGAGUUGAACAAGUGACUUGAUCACAGUGUGAAAACGUAAAUGCCUCAGAGCCUUUCCCUCAAACUUUUUAUGUCAUAAUAUGAAGCAUAAAUCAAUUUUUAGAGAAUUACUACCUGGGUUCAAUCUUUGUCGUUUUCACUGCAACGAGAAUUAUGCACGAUCAAUUUUAAAUGAUGGUAUUCUUUUUCUUUAUGGCCAUUGAUAUCCCAAAGAUGUGCACUCUGCUAAAGCUAUAGUAUUAUAUCCAUUCUUGUCAGGAUUUGCUGCUUAAUCUUUGGGUUGAAAAUAUCUCGUAAAGUCCCACAUAGGAUUUAGAGAAAAUGGGGACAAAACUGAAAGGAAAGACGACAAUAAGAUGUUUAUAUUUGACCCUCAUAGAAUUAAUGUUAGCCUCCUCAAAGGUUCACCAAAUGAUGAUGCAGUUUCGUUCAACCAUCGGAAAGAUAGUGGUCUUAAAUAUUAUCCAAAGGAAUUAACUAUGUCCUUUCUUUAGACUUCACGAUCAGGGUCAGGUUUAUUAGUCAGGCCGGUUAGUUUCAAGACCAAAAUGUUACAAUAUAAAGCUUCAACACCUAUAUUAAGUAAUUUACACCAGCUUCCGCUGCCCCAAUUUACCAGUGGGAGAUAAUAACAUUACCACCAAAAUAUUUUGGUUUACGAUUAUAAAAUAAAAGACAAAAGACAUGUUUUUUA